AUGGCUUAUGGGAUCUUGGACUUUAUUUAUAAAGCCCUAGUGUACAAAGCUUUCAUCAGCCAAUGGCAUCAGGAUCCAAAGGAAAAGGUUGUUCUGCAAUUGCUUUCCCAUCUUCCUUUACUUCAGCCUGGGAAUGUGGAGGCAAAGUCAGAAUAUAUGAAACUGCUGCAGAAGGUGCUGGCCUAUUCCAUCGAUAGCAACCUCUUCAUUGAAGAGAGUAGACAGCUGUUAUCCUAUGCACUAAUCCAUCCUGCCACAUCACUGGAUGACCGGAGUUCUCUGGCCUUAUGGCUAACCCACUUGGAGGAACGCAUGUCAACCAACUAUAGCUCGCAAAAUGUGAGCCCAGCAGACUCUAUUUACACAGGAGUGUACAACCAAAAUCAAAGGCAGAAUGUUGAAGACAAGCUAAAUGAAUGGCAAAGUCGAGCAGAUAGCAGUAUGUGCAUAACUGUCCCUGCUUGGCAGGAGAAGCCAAUGACCUGUGAGAAUGGACAUUUGCCUCUGCAUACAUCUGCAUCGGUGCCAUCUGCAAUGAACAACAUUGGAAGCAAUACAAGUACAG